ACGAGGGGAAGGAAGAGGGGGCAAACAUGGCCGUUCGUGACGCGUACAGAACCAGUUCUACAUCGAGGCCGGUUUGGAACUAGUUUCCUUAGGUUUUUCGGACCCACAUGAGAGUCCCGGACGCUGUCGGCGACAACAACGUUCUUAUCGAAUUGCUGGGUGCGAUCGCAACAUCGUCGACGAGAUACGCGAACGUCUACUAUGGCCGAGAAUGAGAGGCACGAAGAAAACGAGGAAAUAGAAAUCAAGAUAGAACCUCAACAAGAUGAAGCUUCUCAAUGUUACAUCCAGGAAGAACAGAAUAGCCUUCUAGAUUUCGAGAGUGUCAAUCUAAUAUCGUCAAAUGCCGACGUAGCGCAGAAUCUAUGGACCAGCAGAGCCACCACAUGCCUGAUCAAUCAGUACAAAAAGUAUCGUUCGCAGGUCGGCCAAUCGACGCAAAUAAAGAGUCUGCGAGGGAUGUUCGAGAUGAUAUCCAUGGAGAUGCACAGAUUCGGCUAUCACUUCAGCGCGCAGAAGUGCGAGAACAAAUGGCGAGUCCUGGAACGCAAGUAUAAAAACCUCGUGUUUCGCGAGCGAUUAAGAAAACCCGGUAGAAUGAGGCAUUAUGGACAGUGGGAGCACAAACGCGCCUUGGACGAGAUUUUCGACGAGAAGAGGAAAUACGUAUAUCUGGAAAGGAAUGAGGAGGAUCCGCCGAGCAGCUCAAGGAAAUGUCCUUCGGUUGCAUCGAAACGUACCUGUGAUCAGGGCAACUUGUCCGUCAAUCAACAACACGAAGACUGUUUGGCGAAAGCUACGACGAGUGAAAAAAACGAGACGUCGAAUUUUGAACAAAUUUUGACAACAUUGUUUGACAAAUUCACCGAAGAAAUGGCAAAGCAUUUCGUCGUGGGUGAGAAAAACAAAGAGAGGCGACACAGGGAGAAAAUGGCUGUGAGACAAAAAGAAUUGGAGUUGAAGAAGCAGCUUCUCAAGUUGAAAGAACAGAAAAUCGAAUUGCAAAGAUCCCAAAUAAUUGCCGCCGCGCAAAAUUUAAUGCAUGUUUGAAUAUGCAAUAAUAACACGUCUCAAAUACGAAGAAUCUUAUCUUGGAAGAUAAUAUUGGCCUUAAGAAUGAUAUCUUGAUUUUUUAUAUAAUAUAAUUAUAUAUUUUUCU